AUGUCGAAAUGCACGUGCAAUACUCCAAAGUGCCCAAAAAGUACUGUCGGCGAUCGUGGUAAAACCGGAGCUUGCGUGACUGGCUCACGCUCCGAAGAUAGAGAGAGGAGUGACGAGAAGGGUCCCGACAAUUUGCCUGGCGGCGCAGCAAACCCUGGUCUUCUCCGGCACAUACACAACGCUGCCCGGUACAGACUACCGCAGUGCUUUGAAGGCGCCUGCGUCUCGGUGAAACAGAGCUCGGCCAGCAAUUGGGUCUUCGGGCACACCCUAUCGUUCAGUUCUGUUUCCCCCGGCGGCUACAAAGUGCUGCUAUCCUAUGUUGGCAAGGAGAGGCCUACCUCGUUGCCGUACUUCGUGAUGGAAGGAGCGCCCGGCGGUCAGAUGAGUUGCGAGUUCCGUGUGGGGCCGACGCAGGCCACGCGGGCGACCGUCGUUGCCCAGAUCGCAAACGGCGCACUCAACAGCUGCGAAAGCAUCAUCGACGCCUACUUCAACAGCUUCACGGCUUCCGUCAUAGCUGUGAAUCGGGAGUUUAUUGCGAUUCAUUGUCUACAGUCCAUAACGGAGCGGUUCUGCCUUGGGGCGGAGGUGGUCGCGCGUGGGCGGGCACCCGAGCUCAUCGCUGCAUCCGCUGCCGCGCGGUGGACUGGCGAGGAGCACUCUGUCAGCGCCACCCUCGGCAGCCGGGGCCUGGACUUGUGCUACGCUCGCGCCCUGCGCCCCCACCUCACUGCCGCCGCCAUGCUAGAGGUCGGUUUCGCGAUCCGCAAGGCGGUGGCAACGUUGGCCUACGAGUGGCGCGCCGACGACUGGACCGUGCGCGCCUCCGUGGACUCCGACGGCCUCGUCGGCGCAACCCUGCAGAGGGCACUCGGGGGGAAGAGGGCCAAGCUCGCCUGUGCCAUAUCGGCGCUCCUCAACCACCCAAACGACAAGUUUCGCCUCGGCUUCGGUGUCACCGCUGCUAUUUUG